AUGUACCACCCUACGUGCGCCUUUGCCUGCCAUGACGCCUUGAGCAGCUACCAGCUCAACUGUUCUACGUCACUCAAUCAUACUAUGACCGGAGGGCACCUAGGUGAUACGUCGAUGCCGGCGUUCAUCACUUCGCCAGAUUGUUAUGCAACCGACGAUAACUUUCUUAGCAGUGUUGCCUACUGUAUCAGCACGCAUUGUUCUCAUGAAUCCGUUUCCGACAUCGAGCAUUAUUGGAAUGCCUUUCUUGUUGGCCGUAUUCCUGACCAGCCUAUUCCUAAGGAGUCAUAUUCAACCGCCUUGCAACACGCUGUUCCAUCUCCAGUCACGGUUGCGGACCCUACGUCGUUGCUUAAUACCACUACGUUAGUUAGUGAGUAUAUAUACACGGCUAUAUACAAUUCCGAUUCCUAUUUUGAACAGAUGGAAACUAGGCAGAAUGACUUCGGGUUGACUGUUCUGAUUACCGGCGUCGCAAUACCAGUCGCAUGCUCCUUAUUGCGAUUUGUUCCCUUUCCGAAGACAUGGCAGAGUCGCUUCAACGCCUACUUCAUUGAUCCACCUAUGUUCGGACAUAAACACCGCGAGCCAUUCCGAAAUCUCGCCCUCGUUCCUACCCGUGGCCAAGCAUUGCUGAUUUCAUAUUUUGUUCUCAUAAACGUCGUCUUGUCUUGUGUUGACUAUCGACUUAUCAUGCCCAAUCUCUACUAUGGGGCAAAAAAGGAUCAGUUAUUAGUCUACAUCGGCAACCGACAAGGAGUUCUUAGUUUUGCCAAUAUUCCGCUCCUGGUUCUUUAUGCUGGUCGCAACAAUAUUCUCCUGUGGAUUACUAACUGGUCGCAUUCAACUUUCCUCCUGCUUCACCGCUGGAUUGCAUUGAUAUGCACUGUCGAAGCAUGCCUACACUCGGCAGUUUAUCUCCAGAUAUACGUCGCUCUAGGCCAGCAUUCCACUGAGAGCAAGCUUCCGUACUGGAUAUGGGGAAUUGUUGCUACUUUGUUACUGUGUAUCCUGCUUCCCGCCAGCAUUCUCCCCUUGCGACAGAAGCUUUACAACGUCUUUCUCGCCUCCCAUUUCGUCUUCGCGUUUCUCGCCUUAAUUAGCUGCUACUUUCACAUUUACUACCGAUACGCAAAUCAAUGGGGUUACGAGACGUGGUUGUACAUCGCCUUCGCCAUGUGGGGAUUCGAUAGAGUCUUGCGUUUUGCUCGACUGGCACGAAACGGGGUCAGAAAGGCCGAGAUCACCGUCAUUGACGAGGAUUACAUCCGUGUUGACGUACCCGGUAUUGCUGCCUCUGGAAAUGCAUAUCUCUAUUUCCCGACGCUAAGCUGGAGAGUGUGGGAGAAUCACCCGUUCUCUGUCAUGGGAACUAUGAUGCCCCAGGAACAGCAAAAGACAUCCAGCGCGAAGCCUACAUCAGCUUCCUCCCGGAUCCCAUCGAGUGAAGUGGAAAAGGCACCUGCUCACGCCUCCGCACGCGCCUCUCUCGAUGUCGACAGGUCCCACGAUGCACCUCUCACAGACCCCUAUUUCAAGCCUGGCCUAACGUUCUUCCUACGCACAACGACAAAGGGACUCACUGGCAUCCUACGGGGCAGAAGCACGCUUCCUGUUCUCGUCGAGACCUCAUACACAUCAUCUUCCCUUGACGAGGUGCGAACGGUCCCGAACUGCGUCGUUAUCGCAGGCGGCGUUGGCAUCACUGCGGUGGGGCCGCUUCUCCGCUCCCGUACCGCCGGCCGCUUGCGUCUUUUCUGGGGGGUACGGAGUCGGCCGCUAGUUGACGCUGUGCGGAGCGCUUUAGGUGCCGAGGCCUUGGCGCCGAGCAUCGUGGGCGAGAUCGCGAUAGAGAAAAGGCUCAACCUUCGCGCGAUUCUCCAUCGCGAGGUCUUGGAGAAUAGCGAGACGGUGGUCGUGGUUAGCGGUCCUGUCACGAUGGCGGACGAGGUGCGCGCAAUUGUGUGUGAGCUUGGACGAAAGGGUCGGGCUGUGAAGCUGGUUGAUGAGGCGUUUGGUUGGUGA